AUGGAGAAACCUGCAGCAGGAGUUAACCGGAAACUGCAGGUGGCCAGACGUCCAGAUCGAGGACCAGGGGCAGGCCCAGUGAAGAACUGGCCUCCACACCGCAAGGUUAACCUACAGACUGGCUGGCACAUUGGAAACUGGAAAAGUGACCAGUGUCGUUGCUUGUACCAUCCGGAAACACGCACGGCAGUGUCACUGGUCACUGGUGAAGACAUGGGGAAGUUCGGUCUACCCUGGACCGCAGAGGACGAGCCGAUGUUUGUUGACAUCGACAACGUCGACUUCUGUGUCGAUCCCACCACAAUCACUUGUAAGGACAGCUUGGACAAUGCUGAGUUGGAGGCUGCGAUUGGAGAGAAGUUGAGGCAGGUACUGGCAGGAAACAGUCCACCUGACCCUUCACUGCCGCAGCAAUUCAAACCGGCCACAAUCUACAAGGAUAUCACUACCAUGCAACAAGUAGCAAUCGUAGGUUCUUCAGAACACUCCAACUUGAAGAAAAUGAAGCAUGUCCUGGUAGCAGGAGUUACCGGGGAUAGAGCUGCUAACAUUGACAACAUCAGAAAGGCAAAAAAGGAACACCUCAGCAGAAUGACUGGGAGCCAUAGGUAUUGUAACGUGGACAAACUUCUGGCUGACAUCAGGAGGGUCUACUUCCCCAGCUUUGCCACAAGUCCACAAGAGAUCAUGGAAGCUCUGGGAGGAUAUGCUGCCACAGUGGCGACUCAAGCCCCCCGAGCCACCGGGUCUACCGAAAAAGUCCGGUCAGGAAGGAUAUGCUAA